AUGGUUGAGCUAGCGUCUAUUCUGGGUCUUGGUUUGGUUGCUGCAUUGACGUAUGCAGUCUGUGUCUUGCACCCUUUGAGAGAUCCAAAGGUUCGACAAGCCGGUUCCGAGGAAGAGUUGAAAUUAUGGCGGGAAAUGGAUGCUAAGUUCCCCCGUGGUUUCCGCUGGUUUCAAGGACCUCUGGCUAUGGGAGUGACAGCCAACCAUCCCGAUAUAAUGCGGGCAGUUAUGAAGGGAAGAGAUCCCAAGCCUACUAAGGCAUUAAGUUCUGGUUACCGUUUUCUUCUGCCUUGGCUGGGGUAUGGUCUGCUUCUUGCUAGUGGAGAUACCUGGUUUCGUAAUCGCCGCCUCAUUACCCACGCAUUCCACUUUGAUAUCCUCAAGACCUACAUGACAAUCUACAACAAAGCUACCGACAUCUUGCUGAACAAGAUGAGUGAAUGUGCAGCAAGUGGUGAGAGUUUUGUGGUGACAAAGAACGUCAGUCUGUGUACGUUGGAUAUCUUGCUCAAGUGCGCUUUUUCUUAUGAAUCCGGCUGCCAAAUAAGCGGAGAAAGUCACCCGUAUGUUACUGCGGUGAAUGCAAUUGCUCUUGCCAGCAGAGAUCGAGUAUUCAAUCCUAUUCUUCAUCCAGAUUUCAUAUAUCAUAGGACUGCAGCUGGGAAAACAUUUCUCAAAAAUGUAGACUUUGUUCACCAGAUCGCCGAUAAGGUGAUCAAAGAACGGCGAGACAAACUGAAAGAGAAAGAGACCGAUCCUAAGCCCGUGAAAUCUAAAGACCAGCCCUUGGAUUUCUUGGGCAUCUUGCUAGCUGCCCGAGACGAAGACGGCAAGGGACUGACGGAUCUAGAGAUCCGUAACGAGGUGGACACUUUUCUCUUCGAGGGUCACGACACCACGGCUAGCAGCCUGACCUGGAUGCUGUAUGCCAUGGCAACCAAUCCUGAACAUCAAAGGAAAGUCCAGGAGGAAAUUGAUGAAGUGAUGGAAGGCAGGGAAUCGGAGGAAAUUCAAUGGGAGGACCUUGGCAAGUUCAACUACUUGAUUCUGUGUCUCAAGGAAGCCAUGCGACUUUACCCUCCAGUACCAAUGAUCCAGCGUAUUGUUGCAGAGAAAGACAUCAUGGUCCACGACAGGUUGAUUCCUAAGGGCGCGUUGGUAAAUUUGAACAUCUACUCUCUCCACCACAAUCCAGAGAUUUGGCCGAAUUCCUUGGAGUUCAUACCGGAUCGUUUCACACCGGAAAAUACCAAGAAUAUGGAUCCCUUCGCUUACUUGCCAUUUUCGGCCGGUCCAAGGAACUGCAUUGGACAGAACUUUGCCCUGAAUGAGGAGAAGGUGAUACUAGCUCGAGUUCUGAGAAGAUUUCACAUCGAGUUGGAUCCCGACCACAAAGUGGCCGCCAGAUUGCAGUUGGUUUACAAGGCAACCAACGAUAUCAAGCUUAAACUGAAACCUAGGUUUUGAUCCAAUAAUCCGGCAUCAAAUUUCCUCGGAUCAGCUGAUUUCCUCUUAAAUUGCCAUAUAUGCAUUUAAAAAUGUAAAGAAAAAAAAACAACGAUGGUCAGCCUACCAUGGCUUAGUGGAAAUAGCUACAAAAUGUCCACUUUUCGUGAAACUGACAGCACACUAGGUGCCAAGAUUUCACAGGAUGCUUGAGACUAUUAUUCACUUACAUUCAUGUAAGGUACGGUAUUUUAUAAUAAAUUGGUAGUUUUGUAUAUUUUUAUCUUUGCAAAAUGUUCUAAUUACCUUCAAGGUAUGCUUUUUUCUUCAUGCUAAUUUGUUGCAACUUACUAAUUUAGGAAUAUUGUCAGCUUAAAAAUGUGUCGAGCUCUAAACUGGUACCAGUGACCUCUACUUUUUUUAUGAUUUCUGAUUGGAUAAAUUUUACUUAACCAGUGACCGAGAGAGCUCUAGUACGCAGGCGCAUGGUAUGUAAAUUAUGGUGAUGAGGCUGAUGAGCUAACCACAAUGGCCAAUGGACGGAAUUAUACGUCCACAGGCCACAAAAUAAUAAAACACGUAUGUCACUUUGACGUUAAUCAUUCUGCAUUUUAUUGAAAUAAUAGGCCUAUACAUGUAGUUCAUUUCCAAAAAUGUUCAAUUAAUAAGACAUUAACAAUAUCAAAUCUGGUUAUACAUGCAACUAUAAUUAUGCACACUGCUGAAUUGUCCCCCAAAGAGGUUACACUGUAAACUGUUCUGAAGGGGCAAAAGAUCACAAUGCGUCACCGUUCAGGUUCCACGAAGACAUGUCUGAAAUGACCAUUCCCCCCCCCCCCCCCCGAUUUCGAUAUUUUUCACCAUUUGGCUUUAAAACAUCGUGCUUAACCGUUUUUGACAUAGCCAUAUGUUCUGUGAGCAAAACAUCAUGAAUUUCUUAACUUCAUUAAUGAUGCAAGGGGCAGGCAUCUCAAUCAAUUAGUGCAUUUUGCGUGUUCACAAAGAGACACGAACAUAGGUGCUCUUUGAAUGCGUACAAAACUGGAAGGAAAGGCGUAUAAGUAGGUCCAGAGAGGUGUUCGUUGUCACGAAUUAAGAGCCACAUAUCUUUAUUACGGGGCCGUAUCAUAAGUCCGACGCCUCAUAGGUCCAGCGCCUCAUAAGUCCGAAAUUUCGGACUUAUGAGGCGUCGGACUUAUGAGGCAUAAAAUUUAUUUAUUCCGCCUCAUAUUAUAGGUCCGACGCCUCAUAAGUCCGACGUCGGAAAAACGAGGCGUCGGAGCUAUGAGGCGUCGGAGCUAUGAAGCGUCGGACUUGUGUAGCGUCGGACUAUGAGGUGUCGGACUUAUGAGCGGACCCCUUCAUUACAUUUGUGCGUAUUAAGGGUGUUCCUUCCAUAUGAACAGACAUCUUUACUUAUUAAUUUUGGCUAAUUAACUAUUGUGCUGCUUCAAAAUACUGGGUUUAGAUACAAGUUUAACUUUUAGAAUAGUGGGAACUUCUCUUGCGAUUAUCUCGAAAAAGUUUUUCCCUUCUUUAAAAUACAAGUGUGGCUCUUCGUGAAAACGGUGACAUGAGACUGUAUCAUAAUAUUGGGAUUUACAUGUCGAGAUAAUUUACCUUAAGUAUUUGCAUAAUUAUCUUCAAAUGUUUAAAUUAUUUUUUUUAAUUUUACUGCGUAUAUGUUGUGUAUAUGUUGAGCUGUAAACAGGGCAUAAGAAACAAUUUAUUAGCCUAAACUAGAAAAGAAAUCACAUAAUAAAUAAUAGAUACAUGUAGGCUACAUGUAUAAUACCAUUAGUGUUGGCAUGAUUUUUCAACCAUUGCUUUAUUUGGUAAACUAAAAAUAAAACAUUCAAAUACAAACUCGUUAUAUAGGGGUCUACUAUACAAUGUU